AUGUAUCGAACGAAGAAAUCAGAUGGAAGGGCUUCUGCUGUUACGGAGGCUCAUGUGAACGCUAUGGAAGUGUUGCCACCACAAGAAGCUCCAAUGCCAGAGCCGACUCCGGAGACGACGCUUGCAAAUUCACUUAUGUAUUUCAAAGCGCGUCUAUUGGCCCCAUUUAUGCUUUUUGACAAAAACAUUCGGCAAGUUGUACCAAACCCUGCACAUGAUCGUGUGCUGCGCGCUGAGGUAUCGCGUGUGCAAGGAGUCGUUCUCCGUGAGAUUCGGCGAGCUCUAGAAAACGAAUCCAAAUUAACACCUAAAGAAACACUUUAUGCUGUUCAGAAAAGUGUCAUGUUUGCCUUUGCCUCUUGUAUUGUAUCAAGUGACAUGGAGACCCUUGUGCCAAUUUCUUCUGAAGAAGAGGCAGUGGGUCCAAUGGCACGUCUGGAAAAUGUCUUUGCUGAGCGAAACGCUUGUGCUAAAGCUGUGGCAACACUUGGCGCUGUACUCUCGACAGGUAUAGUUCGAGACACAUAUGGAGAAGCAUGUAAGCGACUUGAAGCACGACUUGCAGCAGAGGAAGAAUCGGAAAUAAACAGCAAAAGAACAAAGAAUGCAAAGCUUGCACUAGGAGCAACAAAAAAGAACACACAAGAUCUUGUACAACUUCGUAAUGCUUUGGUUACAGCAUUUGAUGCUAUCAGUACUCCUUUUUAUGAAAAUGGUACUAAACCACAAGCGAAUAGUUCGACAUCAGAUGCCUCAGCAGCAGAUCUUACUGUGGAAUCGUAUUACGGUCUCCUUGGUUGGGUACUCAUGUUGCAGCCGGAACGUCUUCAUUUGGAGGCUGUUCAUUCUACAGUUUCACCUAUACAGAAGCCGAGAGAAGCGGUAGAACAGUUUGCUAAGGUAACCUCUUAUAAUCCUGCUACAGGUGAGGUUACAAUUGUUCGUGCAAAACCCACAUCCAAGUGGGGUUUGAUGAUUAAUUCUGGAGGGGCUUUGAUUGGUUUGGAAAAUUCUCUUCGAAAUGCUACUUCUUCUGGAGGUGAGCUGUAUAGUGCUAUUCAACAGCAGAAGGCGGGUUUAUCAAUUUUUAACAUAAAUGGGCGCUCUGUUCGAAGCAGCAAAGGUGAGAAAGAAGACACUCCAGAGGCCAAGUCCUCACGCAUGGGAAAGAUACUGGAAGUACUAAGGCAGUCAGAUCUUGAAAUUUCUUUAACUCUUACAAAAGUUGAAAAACAUGAUGAACCACAAGAAGUGGCUUUUGAUCUUAUAGAGCAAGGAGGUGAGGGAGCAUCUGGACAAGAGGCUGCACUCAUUCUCAGGAGACCAUCCACUGAGGUACAGUGGCAGCUCACGUUGCGUUUUCGCAGUGAAGGCUUUUUCGUUUUAGAUGACUUUUCUAGUUCGCUGAGACUUUCUAAAGAGGCUAAGAAGUUUCUUUCUACUCAUCGUGGUCAUUUGUUAAUCACGCACGUCAAUGGAUGCGCGAUAUCAAAUAAUAAAUUUCUCAUGGACUUAAUUUCUAGCUCUGUUUACCUGGUGUUGCGCCUUCGUGUGGUAAAUGACGUAGAACCUCUUGUGGGAGAGAUGAUGGCCCCUGAAGGAGCUACAGGGACGAAUACCAUAUCAAAGGUGAUUGAGGGAAAUCUAGGACUAGCUGUAGAGUCUACAGUCGAAGAGAUUCUACCCCAGACAGAUGCAGCAGGUGAACUUGAGGACGCUGAAGUAGCCCAACAUCGAACCCUGUUAGAAAAACACCACAUUGAUCCAGAUGAACCAUUGCCGCAUGCGGAGGAGGAAGAAGGAAUGGUUGCAUCCAAAAAGAAGAAGGGUCGUUCAAAGAAGGUGACGGCAACAGAAGCUGACGAAGUGGUACCACCCAUAGAAAUGGAAGAAAAUGCCGCGGAGCUACCAGCAGAGAGCGAGGCGGAGGAAGUAUCUUCCAAAAAGAAGAAGGGUCGUUCAAAG